ACAAAAGCUGCAUCUGAGCCAGCAGAGGGUGACUAUGUGCUCCAAGGCAGUGGAGGAGGCAGACAAGUCCCGAAGUGAGGCGGAAAAGAACCGAACUCUGGCAGAGGCUCGUGCACUAGGAAGCAAAGGAGAGAGAGAUGCAGCACUGGCUGACAAAGUAGAACUUAGCGAAGAGCUACACAAUUUGAGUAAAGAGCACAAAAACACACAGCUGCUUCUGGCCCAGACUGAAAAAAAAUACUUUGAGGCUAUGUUGAAACUGGACAGGGUGUCUGGAGAGAAGGAGUUUCUCCUAAAGGAGAGCAAGGAACUGGAAGAUGAGAGGAACAAAUUACGGCAGAAUAUCAAAGAGCUGACUGACGAGAAUGCAACAAUUAAAGAAAAGGAGGUGAUCUGGAGACGCAGGGCUGCUGCCGCUGAGGAACAGAGCGAGAGAGCCAUUAAAGAGCAGCAGCAGGCUGAGCAUGAGUGCAGACUGGCCAAGAGAGAAAAAGACAAAUCAGUUAGCGAGUGUCUCAGCUGGCGGGAAAAACACCAAGCACUUGCAGACAUCUUCAGAGAGAAGGAAGACCUCAUAUCACAGAGGCAGAACAAAGCAUGUCAAGCAAACAUAAAAAGCUACAUUCUUUGUAUGGCUGAAAGUGACCAGAGGAUUAAGAUCCUAAAGAACCAUGAUGGAACUCCAAGAAACUUUACGGAGGGGGAUCCUGUGUAUAUCUCAAAAGCUCAAGCCAGUGAUGAGGAUUCAGAAAAGAGUUCAGGAAGGACCAUUCUCAGGGUUACAGCUCCCACACCAGGAAGAGACUCUGGACCAGCUCAGUUCAGUGAACUGUCAGCAGUGGGAGCAGAUCCCCAUGAGAGCAGCAUUCUGAGGCGAAGUCGAAAAGUGGUUGAGUACUUCUGGAUUCCCACCGACCAAGAAUGAUAUAAAUGGCUUGAGGUUUUUAAAGUUCUGAUUUAAAAAAGUAAGGAAACCAAGAUGUUUACACACUACCAUGUACAAAGUUGGGAUUUUUCCAUUUUAAAAUGGCCUUGCCCAGCGUCUUUUAUGUCAACUGCAUGUCACAUGCUCCAUCUCAAGCAUUAACAUCUACUGAAAAUAACGAGAAUGACAUGAUGACAUGCUGCUUUUUGAUGACAUUUCGAGUUGGCCUAUCUUUUGUCACCAAAAUCAGCUACAACUAAAUACAUAAUAUUAAAGAUGGUAUCAAGGAAUAACAUCAAAACUGUCAUUGCUUCAACAGCAGUUUCAUGAACAUGUAAAGCAAUCUUUAGU